AACAUCGCCGCAUUAUGAAAAGCAUCUCAACUUUGCGAAGCCUGUGGCGCCGGAAAGAUGUGAGCAGAUUUCCCUAUUGGAAACGUAUGAACGUUGUGAUUUUGCAACCAAUGGCAAAUCGUGCUUGCAACACGUUUAUAUUUUUAAUUACAACAAGUAUUUUUAUUGCACAUGCGAUACGAAUGAUCUUUCCCGACUAGUCUGCGUUCUCAUUUUGUUCUUGAUUUGUGCUCUACAAUUUUGGAUUAUUAUGGUGACCACAAUUCAAUGCUUUGUGCCGGCUCUGCAGACAAUAUCGAAAUCUCUGAACCUAAAUGAAUAUGUUGCUGGCAUCACGAUACUGACAUUUGGCAACAAUGCUCCGGUUUUGAUAAAUACAUUUUUUGGACAAUAUUCGACGGCCCGACACGUUUACACGGACUCAAUGUCGGUGAAUCUAUUCGAAAGUGUACUGACUUCAGCGGCCAUCAUGUGGGUUACACCCUUUGCCAUCGACGGAACCUUUUUUCUACGGGAUGUGGGAUUUGUUUUGCUGUACAUCUCCUAUGUUGACUUCAUUUUCAAGUUGAGUGGCGGUGAAAUAAACAUUUUACGUGCUGCUUCGAUGGUGAGCGUAUACAUAAUAUAUAUUACGGUCAUCAUACUCGAUGAAUAUCUGCAAUAUCGCAAGAACAAAGAAAAAGGCAAGCUGACAAGAGACUCGAAAAUCAGUGGCUUCGAUACCCAGGUCUUGCCCAUUGUAAGUGAUCAUAUCCGUGGAGCUCUCGACAUCGCUGAAACUUAUCAGUCGGCGAAUAAACGUCUUUUAAGCCAAUUCUUUGAGGCCUUCGACAUAUUGGAUAGACAGAAUUAUAAUAGCAAGUGGACCAUAUUCAAACUGUGGGCCUUGGUUAAGGUACCGCCCAUGAUCUUUUUGCGUCUAUCAAUUCCACAAGUGAAUGUUCACGAAUCUUCCUAUAAGUGGUCCAAGUUGCUUUUGAGCAUUCAAGUAACAUUGACUCCCAUUUUACUUAUCUUUUUCUACACUUUUGAAUCCCACCUGAAAUUCUUUAUUUGGACUGGGAUAGCAUUUUUUGUCUUUAUACCAUUUACCAUAAUGACAUUCGCUUACACACGAACGGAUUCGGUGCCAAAAUGGAGUCGUUAUAUUGCAAUCCUAACUAUUUUCAGUAGCGUUACUGUCAUUUAUUUUGUGGGCAAAGAACUUGUAUUCUGUCUGGAAUCAUUGGGAAUUAUUCUAAAUCGUAGUCACACUUUUAUCGGAUGCACCUUCUAUACCUGGGGAAAUGGUCUAUCCGAUUUCUUGGCUAAUAUUAGCUUGGCUAAACAGGGUUAUCCUCGCAUGGCCUUUUCCGCUUGUUUUGGUGUGUGUAUAUUCAGUACCUUUGCCUCCAUUUGCAUUCCCAUAUUGUACCAAGCUAUUAAUUCGAAAUCGGGAGUCGUUAAGCUUACUGAAGGAACUAUUGGAGAAACGGCUUCCAUUAUUCUAAUUAUAUCGCUUAUAAUACUCAUCUUGUAUGGCAUUACCACCAAUUUUAUGCUACGUCGCACUGGCGCCAUAAUAGGUAUUUCACUCUACCUACUUUUUCUAACCUUUAGCAUUUCCAGUGAGUUUGAGAUAACCCAUGCAUUCGGCACCGAUCACAGCUUGGAUCGCAGUCACUACAAUGAACAAUAUGGUGCAAAUUAACUAAAUUAUACAAAUAUUCAUAUACCAUUGUUAA